GAUUGACCGACGGAGACGGUAUGAGCACCAGCCAAUUCAGCCAAUUAACCUGCUUCUUAUUCUUCACUUGUGUGACAGUGGUGAAAAACGGGGGUUAUCUUGCGUAUUAUCUCUUUGACUGACUAAAACUACGUAGUGAACCUAUUUUGUUUAGUUUUUAUUUGUGGAAAUUAAAAAAAAGUACCUACCCAAAAAUGGCUAACUUAAUGCAUAUGGUUGUUGAAAACUACAACGAAGUGUUGGAAUCCAAAAAAGACCCUCUCGUUGACUCAUGGUGGACUAUGCAAUCUCCGUUCCCUGUUAUGGGAAUAUUAGCUCUGUAUCUGUUUUUCGUACUAAAACUGGGUCCUCAGAUAAUGUCCAAGCGCAAGCCAUAUGAACUAAAAACCGUCUUAAUUGCCUACAACGCUUAUCAAGUCAUCUUUAGUAUUUGGCUUUGCUGUCAAGCUUUCAAGAUUGAUAACGUUUUUCGUUUCCUCUUUAGCAGCAGUUUUUGCAAAAAUCCUUCCGAAAAUAUGGAAUAUAAACAAGCGCUUUCGACCGGCGCAUGGUGGUACUUUUUUUCAAAAGUGGUUGAACUUCUGGACACCGUAUUCUUUGUAUUAAGGAAAAAACAAAAUCAAGUCACAUUCCUCCACGUAUAUCAUCAUUCCUGCACAAUGUUCUUUUCAUGGUGUUAUUUAAAGUUUUUGCCAGGAGAACAAGGAAUUGUAAUAGGAUUUUUGAACUCGUUCGUUCAUGUCAUAAUGUACGCUUACUAUCUAAUCGCUGCUCUUGGCCCAAAAUACCAAAAAUACCUUUGGUGGAAGAAGUACAUGACAUGGAUACAGUUGACUCAGUUCUGCAUAAUGUUGGUUUACUUGAUUUACCUGAUUGCAAUGGACUGCAAACUACCAAAAGCUUUGACAUUCUUCUUUGUGGCCAACGUCACUAUAUUCCUGUUUCUUUUCUCAGAUUUUUACAGAAAAGCUUACAAAAAACCUACCAAAGUUGCUGCCAACACAACGCAAUCAUACUAUCUCAAAACCGAAUAAGACUUUUACUGUUACGUUACUAGCGAUAAGUUAAUGAUAAUAAAAACUGACAGAGAUUACUAUAACACUACAUAUUGGAACUAAUAAAGGAAAUGUGUAAGACAACGUGAUAAUGGGACUAUUGGCAGUUUUAACUGAAAUUUAAAAUCAACUUAAUGUUUUGGAAAUUUACUAACAGCUGUUGAUUCAAAACAGUUUUUUCCAGUUAUUACUCUCAAAGAUUUAAUUUUAAUGUUAUUAAGUGAUGUCUUUAAUAGUAGGAGUGGUCUGUCUCUUGAAAAAGAGUUUUGUAUUUAUAUUAUUUAUUUUAAUUAAUUAAUAAAUUAUGCCAUAUUAA